UAAAGGUUUUUGAAUUUUCUCUUUUUUAAUUAAGUAUAAGCUGCUAUUAAGUAUUGUCAAAUAUAUUUGCUAUGACAGAAAACAUCGAAUUUUAUCAAAACCAAAUAGCUUUGGCUAGAACGGAAAUAAAAAACUUAAGGCAGCGUAUAUCUGCGCUUAAACAUGAGCAUUUAAAAGAAAUACAUCACAUUAAAUCGACGCUUAGUAAUCUUCGCUGUUCUAACUGCGCUGCUGAAGCCACUUCAUUGGUUAGUAUUCCUAAUACUGAUCAGGCUUCAGUAUCUCAGACUCACUCAAAUGAGAUAUCAUUUCGACCUAUAGGAUACAUUGAGACAUCAUUUGCUAAUAAAAGAGCAGUGCCAAGGCAACCGUCUGUUUUGACAAAUUCAAAGGGAGUUAUUGUGAUUGAUACAAAUGUGUUCAAUAACCCCAAUCACGCAACAACUGGUUUGGAAGAAUUUUCUCAUUUAUGGAUUAUAUUUCACUUCCAUAUUCAUGACAACGUCACUGUACAGUCAAAGGUGUCACCCCCUCGCCUUGGUGGGAAGAAAUGUGGUGUAUUGGCUAGUAGGUCUCCGCAUAGGCCUUGCCCUAUUGGACUUUCUCUUGUCCGAUUGUGUCACAUUGAAGGAAAUAAAAUAUUCUUCAAUGGAGUAGAUAUGGUUAAUGGUACACCCGUACUUGAUAUUAAGCCUUUCAUACCCCAAUAUGAUUAUCCUCCAGCGAAUGGGGAUUCCCCGAUUUUAACUUCAUUAGUUAGACCGCCAACGGAGGGAACCAAUGAUGCAACACAAACCAUGGUUAAUUUGCAGAUAGAUGAUGAUUCUUACUCAGUUAGGAGUGUCAGUCCUCGUUUAGUUCAACCGAUUGGUAUUGAUACAUCGAGUCCACUUCCUCGCUCGCCGUUCGGUGAUAUUCCUUCCCCAAUACACGAACCUGCAACUCUUAUAUCCCCAUCCCCAGAAUCACCAACAAGCGAAGACUUACUGGAUGGUCCAACGAGGUCUCCAAUUCGAAGAGUUGAAACUGAACGUGGCUCUCCGGAUGGUCAAGAAAGAUUCACUCCGCCACAAUCUGCUACUUCACUAAAUGUUAACCAAGAUGGUAUUCGGGUUGCAUCCUGGGUGAUUUCUCCGCCUUCACAGCGGUUCCAAGUAGUGUUUACGGAGGAUGCUCUCCAAAGAUUGAACGAUCUCAUUGGUGACAGAGCUCAAGCAUUUAAAUCAAACAUUGAAAAUCUCUUAGCAGAAGAUCCGAGAUCUGUUUAUGUCCGAACCAGAUAUCCGGAUCACGAAUAUAGCUGUGUCUUAGAAGAUUUAUCAAUUAGUUGCGUAUUUAACGAUAAUUCAGCGAUGUGCACUAUUAUAGCACUGAGAAGUGCUGAAGAAUUACAAAAUUGAUUAUAAGUGUAUAAUCAAACAAUAAAGGCUUUUUAGUCUA